AUGAAAGUGAGAAUAAGACACCCAGCUGGGCAAGCUGCGGUUACCCUCUCCGACGCAGCAACAGUACUUGACCUGGUACAGCGCGUUAAGGACAUAAGCCUACUGGACACCUUCGAUCUCAAGAUUGGGUAUCCACCUGAACCACUGCGACUAGAAGAAUUCGAAGUAACCACGCCUUUAAUUAGAACUGGCAAGAAAUAUGAUGGGGAACAGCUCAUCGUGAGUAGAACGUCGCCGCCAACUCCACCAAGUCACUCGGCGAACAGGCACCCCGAAAAGUCUUCAAACAUCGCUCAGACGUCAGAGAGCGGGGACGAGCAAUCAAAUCCUGUUUUUUCAUUUGCAGGCUUUGGCGCUGCUCCUCCUACCGCGAAUCCCUCAUAUUUAAGCAAUCCUCUGUCGCUUUCUCGCAAGUCUAACAACAUAGAACAAGACCCUCCAGAAAUCGCCUUAGCGACUCACAAUGCUACUAUGGUCCUGAGAGUUGUUCCUGAUGAUAAUGCCUGUCUCUUUCGUGCUUUCAAUACUGCCUUUUUCGGUUCAAUGGACAAUAUGCAUGAGCUCCGCAGCGUUGUGGCCCAGAACAUUCAAGCAGACCCAGAUACUUAUUCAGCCGUCGUUUUAGAGAAGAACCCUGAUGACUAUUGUCGGUGGAUCCAAACAUCAGACGCUUGGGGAGGUGCUAUUGAGUUGGACAUCUUUAGCAAGCACUUCGAUAUCGAAAUCUGCUCCAUCGAUGUCCAAUCGCUGCGAAUAGAUCGUUACAAUGAAGACAGACCGAACAGAUGUAUUCUUGUAUACUCCGGCAUUCAUUACGAUGCAAUCGCCUUGUCGCCUUCCGACCCGCCGCACAUGCAUAGCAACUUGCCACCUGAGUACGACACGAAAGUUUUUGACAGCUCCGACGAACGGAUAUUACAGGCUGCAAUUGAGCUAUGCACAGUGUUGAAAGGCAGGAAAUACUUUACGGAUACCGCAAAAUUCAACUUGAAAUGCAAGACUUGUGGAGCCUUGCUGAUGGGGGAAAGUGGUGCUAGCGAGCAUGCUCUAGCGACCAGCCAUGUGGAUUUUGGAGAAGCUGAGUAG